AUGCGGUUCCAGCUGGCUCGGAGCUGGGGAAGGGCAGCGAUACACUCACAGGAGCGACAUCUGCAGGAGCCGAGCAGAGACCUCGGCGGUCAACUUCACCAACCAACACAGGGACAUCUUCACCAACCAACACAGGGGCAUUUUCACCAACAAAGGGACAACUUCACUAACGAACACAGGGACAACUUCACCAACCAACAAAGGGACAUCUUCACCAACCAACACAGGGACAACUUUACCAACCAACACACGGACAUCUUCAACAACCAACAAAGGGACAUCUUCACCAACCAACACAGGGACAUCUCCACCAACCAAAACAGGGACAUCUUCACCAAUCAACACGAGGACAUUUUCACCAACCAAUGCAGGGACAAAUUCACCAACCAAUACAGGGACAUCUUCAACAAUCAACACGAGGACAUUUUCACCAACCAACACUGGGACAUUAUCACCAACCAAUGCAGGGACAACUUCACCAACCAAUACAGGGACAACUUCACCAACCAAAACAGGGACAUCUUCAACAAUCAACACAAGGACAUCUUCAACAAUCAACAUAAGGACAUCUUCAACAACCAACACAGUGACAUCUUCAACAACCAACACAGUGACAUCUUCACCAACCAACACAGGGACAUUUUCACCAACACAGGGACAUCUUCAACAACCAAAACAGGGACAUCUUCAACAAGCAACACAAUGAUAUCUUCAACAACCAACACAGGGACAUCUUCUCCAACCAACACAGGGACAACUUCACCAAACAACACAGGGACAACUUCAACCAGCCAACAUAAAAACAUCUUUGCCAAGCAACAUCUAUACUGGGAUAUCCUUACCAACCAACACAGGGUCAUCUUCUCCAACCAACACAAGGACAACUUCACCAACCAACACAGGGACAUCUUCACCAACCAACACAAGGUCAACUACACCAACACAGGGACAUCUUCAACAACCAAAACAGGGACAUCUUCAACAAGCAACACAGGGACAUCUUCUCCAACCAACACAGGGACAUCUUCUCCAACCAACACAGGGACAACUUCACCAACCAACACAGGGACAACUUCACCAACCAACACUGGGACAUCUUCAACAACCAAAACAGGGACAUCUUCACCCAUCAACACAAGGACAUCUUCAACAAGCAACACAAUGACAUCUUCAACAACCAACACAGGGACAUCUUCACCAACCAACACAGACAACUUCACCCACAUAGGGACAUCUUCAUCCAACCAACACAGGAACAUCUUCACCAACCAACACAGGAACAACUUCACCAACCAACACAGGGACAUCUUCACAAACACAGGGACAUCUUCACCAACCAACACAGGGAUAACUUCAACCAGCCAACAUAAAAACAUCUUUGCCAAGCAACAUCAAUACUGGGAUAUCCUUACCAACCAACACAGGGGCAUCUCUCCAACCAACACAGGGACAACUUUACCAACCAACACGGACAUCUUCAACAACCAACACAGGGUCAAAUUAGGGUAAAUUCGGUGGCUGCAGGGUGGUGUGGCUUAAAGGGCGCUGUAUUUCAAUGAUAAAAAAUAAAACUUCAGAGGUCAAAUGAAAGAAUAUGUGCAGUUAAUGGUUAGACUCCUUAAUAAAACUUAAGUACAAAGGGAACUUCAGGUCCAAGUCCAUAGUUCACUGAUGGUGGCUGCACAAGUUCAUCAGGUGGGGACAAGUGUGUACGGCAUGCUUGCAUUGCUUGAGUCUCAGAGUAAAGAAGUCACGCUGCAGGUUUAUUAAGCUUUAAUCAGAUUGAACUUGGAGUAUUGUGUGCACUUCUGGUUAUCUCAUUACAGGAAGGAAAUGGAGAUUGUGGAAAGAGUGCAAAAAAUAAUUAGAGGAUGCUGCCUGUAUUAGAGGGCAUGAGUUCUAAGGAAAGGUUGUACAAACUUGGAUUAUUCUUCCUAGAACAUUGGAAGCUGACGGGAUACCUAAAAGAGGUUUUUAAAACUGGGAAACAGAUACUGUCAGAAUCUUUUCCUUUGAGUAGAAAUGGCAAAUACUCCAGGAAAUACUUUUUAGGUUAGAUCGCGAAGUUAAAGACAAUGUUAGGGACGAGUUUUAUUUUAAACACAGUGAAUGGCAGAUGCUUGGAAUGGGUUGCCUGGGGUAGUAGUGAAAGACCAAGUGAGCUAAUGGGCCACAUUUCACCAGCAGUCUAUGUACAUUCCUAUGAAGGGGAAGGAAAUUAAAGCCAUGACCCCUGAGAUGACCCAAGAGAUGGACACUAAAAGGCAGUAGAAAGAGCAUAUGCCAGGUGAUUAGAGAAAGCUCAGAGGAAGAGUGUGAAAGGAAACAAAGACAAAGCAUCAGAAGAGGCUGUAAACAAACAUACAAGGGAAUCCAAAGUUUCUCCUUGGACUCCCUUGUAUGGAAAGGGUUGCAGGAAGAGAGGUGGACAGUCAAAGGGCAGGAAGGAAAUUUGCUCAUGUUGGCAGGAAGCUGAGGUCCUUUACAACAGUCUUCCCAGCAGAAUUGUCAGCACAGUAAGCAGUAAUUAAAGUUCUGAAUGGGCUGAAAGCUGGAAGAGAAUAUACCAUAUACCUACAUUUAAGAUGGAUGAGUCACCCGAGCCAGCUCAGAUGCAUCCUUGAUUGUUAAGGGAGGGAAGAAAUAGCAGAUACUUUGGCUAUCAUCUUCAAACAUUUGUGGAUGCAUCCAUUAAUUGCAAAUAUUGUACCUCUGUUCAAAAAGAGAUGCAGGAAUAAAUCCAAUAAUUACAAACCAGUUCAGCCUCAGUAGUGGGAACAGUGUUUAGACAAUAAUCACACGCAGAAUAAGCAGGUAUUUGAACAAAACUGGGCCGUGUUUGAGGACUCAUCUGUGCAUUCGAAUGAAAACACCAUGCGCGUCACAGACUUUAUAGACAAGUGUGUCCCCACAAGAUCACUCACUCUUCCCCAACCAGAAGCACUGGAUGAACCAUGAAAGUCACAACCUGCUGAAGGCCAGAUCAGAAGCAUUCUUGUCUGACCAUGAAAAUUACAAGCAAUCCAGUCACGAUCUCUGGAAAGCAAUCUCAUGGGCAAAGUGGUAAUUCUGGACAAAACUUGAAUCAAAAGAGGAUGCUCAACAGUUGCGGCAAGGCUUGAAUACUAUCAUCUCUUAUUAGUAUAAAUCAAAUGACAACAGGGCUUCGCUUGCAGAAGCCUUCAAUGCUUGCUUUGACCAUCAAAACCUGGAGGAACCAUCACGAACUCCCGCAUCCCCUGAUGUGAUUUCAGUCGCUGAGGCUGACAUGUAAGCAGCCUUCAGGAGGGUGAACCCAUGAAAAGCAUCCAGCCCAGACAGGGUACCUGGCCAAGUACUAAAAAACCUAUGCUGAUUAACUGGCUGGAGUUUUCACUGAGACCUUUAACCUCGUGCUUCAGCAAUGUGAGACACCCACCUGCUUCAAAGAGGCUUCAAUUACACCGGUGCCCAAGAAGGUGGUAACCUGUCUCAAUGACCAUCAUCCAGUAGCACUUACAUCCAUAGUGAUGAAGUAUUAUGAGAGGUUGAUGACGAAACACAUCAACUCCUGCCUGAUAAGUGACUUGGAUCUGCUCCCAUUUGCUUACUGAAGCAGUAGGUGCAGAGCAGAUGCCAUCCCACUGGCUCGUCACACAACCCUGGAACAUCUGGACAGUAAAGAUGCCCUUUGACUACAGCUCAGCUUUCAAAACCAUCUCCUGAAAACUAAUCAAUAAGCUUCAAGACCUUAGCCUCAAUACCUCCCUACGCAAUUGGAUCCUCAAUUGCCUCAUUUGCAGCCCAUCAGUUCAGAUUGGCAGCAACACCUCCUCCACUCAUGACUGUGUGGACAGCUCCAAUGACAUAUUCAAGUUUGCUGAUGACAUCACUGUCGUAGGCCAAAUCAAAGAUGGUGACAAAUCAGCAUAUUGGAAGGAGACUGAAAACCUGGCUGAGUGGUGCCAUAACAACCUGUUAUUCAAUGUCAGCAACACCAAGGAGCUGAUUAUUGACUUGAGGAGGAGGAAACCAAAGAUCCACGAUCCUGCUAUCACUGGAGGAUUAGAAGUGGAAAGGAUCAGCAAAUUCAACUUCUUCAGUGUUCUGGGCACAAGUACAAUUACAAAGAAAGCUUGGCAGUGCUUCUACUUCCUUAUGAGUUUGCAAAGAUUUGGCAUGAGAUCUAACACUUUGACAAACUUCUACAGAUGUGCAGUGGAGAGUAUAUUAACUGGUUACAUCACAGCCUGGUAUGGAAGCACUGCUGCCCUUGAACGGAAAAUCCUACACAAAGUAGUGAAUACAGCCCAGUCCAUUACAAGUAUAGCCCUCCCCAUCACUAAGCAUAUCUUUACAAAGCAUUGUUGCAAGAAAGCAGUAUCCAUCAUCAGGCAGCCCCACCACCCAGACUAUGCUAUCUUCUUUCUGCUGCCAUCAGAAAUAAGGUACAGGAGCCUCAUGACUCACACAACCAGGUUCAGAUAUUACCCCUCAACCAUCAGGCUCUUGAACCAAUAUGGUUAUUAUCUAUUAUGGAUUUAUUGAGUAUGCCGUAAGAAAAUGAAUCUCAGAGUUGUAUAUGGUGACAAUAUAUGUAGUUUGAUAUUAAAUUUGAUCUUUGAUACAUGGCAAAAAGGAAUAGUCCACAUUCUGGGCCAAAUCAUUAACCCAUACAAGAUGCUGCCUGACUAGCACACUCCUCCAGUAGCUUGCUUUUUGGCUUCAGGUUUCAGCAUCUGCAGUCUCUUGUGACUCCAGGCUGAUCGGGCAAUCUGACAUGUGGUUAUCUCCAAGAGCGUUCCCAAGUCUGCAACCAAACCGUGCGGCACAGAGGCCAGGAAGCCAGAAGGGGUGUGGGCCAUGAUUGACUCCAUCUCUCACCGACCUCACUGAUUAAAGCACCGAGGUAGAUUGACAUCACCAAGGUGAACACAAAAUACUUGAGAAAAGACUUUGAAAAGCCAACACAAUGAGCACAAGUGGGUUCCCUCUAU